AUGUUCGCCUGUGCAGCCGCGCCCUCUCUCCCCACCUCCCUGCACGUCAUGGGCUCGGCGUGCACUUCUCACAGCCGCAGUCGCACUUCUCGGCGCUGCGCGCCGAACCGCAACCAUUGCAAUGGCGCGACUAUUUUUCCUCGUUAUGGAGACGGGACGAGAUCCUCCCAGCUGCUAGGUUUCCACAAGUCGGCGUGCUUGCAAGGCGGCGCCACUCGAAUCUCCUGCCGUCCUCCUGCCGUUGCAAGGCGAAACUCCCCAAAAACACGAGCAUCUGGACCCAUCCGCGCAGCCAUCGACGCGUUCGUCAUCGGCUUCCAAGGCACGCUCUUAAAGCCCUCCUCCGACGGUCUCCUCGAGCCAGCAGCCGAGGCCCUCAGAACCACCUCGCUGCCUUUCUACAUCCUCACCUCCUCCUCCGCCUCCUCCUCCUCUCUCUCGCCUGCUGACGUCAGCGCGCUGCUGAAGCGGGAUGCGGAAGUGGAUAUUCCCGAGGACUCGCCGCGGAUCAUCACGUUGGCUGGAGAAGGGGAGGGCAAACUGGCUGCUCUUCUCGCUGUCAACAGCCGGCCUCUAGCCCAGGACACAGCCAACACGAUGCAUUACAUUGACUCAGAUCUAGUGGCCCUCACCCUCGCAGCCAGCCAACCAGAGCUCGCCAGGUGGCAGCUGUACCACGCGCAGUGGAGCGAGAGUGGAGAAGAAAGCAAGGAGGAGACGCUCCAUCCUCGCAUCAGGCCGAUCGCACUCAAGGAUCUGGAUGAGCUGCUGCGGUGGGGGCUACUCAUGGGGGUGAAUGACGGCUGCCAGGAGUAUGAGGAUGGCACGCCUGCUACAUGA